UCAACUUCCCUUCGACAUGACAGGAUCGCUGAGACUGUGAAGUCAAUACCUGAGAAAAAUAAAGUCUACAUGUUGUGGCUUCAUUGAGCUGUUGCCAGAGAGCCUCCACUCAAUCUCUCUGCUUGCUUUCACCCACCAAGCCGUUUGUUCGAGAUAGCUGACGUUUCAUGUUCAGUGAAGACUUGUUGAGAAUUUUGCAAUUCAUUCAUUUUGACCCCAGUAAAUAUCAUUUUCAGUUUGUGGACAGUGCCUUACCUGGCCAUGCUGAGGUCGUGGAGGGUCGUGCGUGCUGCAUCACGCUCCGGCUUGUUGCAAAAUACUUGUCAAGUAACACGCAGUGCUUCGUCCACCACCACCUCACAAGAUCGCUGGAAUGAGCUGGCCAAGAAGGAGCUGCGUGGCAAGGACCUGCGCGACACCUUGCACUGGAAGUCGCCCGAGGGUGUGACGUUCAGGCCAGUGUACACGAAGAAUGACGUUCCCGACAGCCAGGACGAAAUACCUGGGGAAUACCCUUACACGCGCGGCCCCUAUGCCACCAUGUACACUCAGCGACCAUGGACAAUCAGACAGUAUGCUGGCUUCAGCACAGUGGAAGAGAGCAACAAGUUUUAUCGCAAGAAUCUUGCAGCCGGUCAGCAAGGUUUGAGUGUAGCCUUUGAUCUGGCCACGCAUCGAGGAUAUGAUUCUGACAAUCCGCGUGUCCUGGGUGAUGUUGGUAUGGCUGGUGUGGCUAUUGAUACUGUGGAAGACAUGAAGGUCCUGUUUGAUGGCAUUCCACUUGACAAGAUCUCCGUAUCCAUGACGAUGAACGGUGCAGUCCUGCCUAUUCUGGCAAUGUUUAUUGUGGCUGGGGAGGAGCAGGGUGUGGAUCCGUCCAAGUUAUCCGGUACGAUCCAGAACGACAUCCUUAAAGAGUUCAUGGUCCGCAAUACCUACAUCUAUCCACCGGAACCGUCAAUGAGAAUCAUCGCUGACAUAUUUGCACAUGUAUCCAAGACUAUGCCCAAGUUUAACAGUAUCAGUAUAUCUGGAUAUCACAUGCAAGAGGCAGGUGCCAACGCUAUUCUGGAGUGUGCAUUCACCAUUGCUGAUGGCCUGCAGUACUGUCAAACAGGUAUUGACGCUGGUCUGAAGAUUGAUGAGUUUGCACCUCGUCUUUCCUUCUUCUGGGGUAUCGGAAUGAGUCUGUACAUGGAAGUGGCCAAGAUGCGUGCAGCCCGUCGGCUCUGGGCAGACCUGAUCAAGGAGCGCUUCAACCCGUCCAAUCCCAAAUCACUGCUGCUACGCACACACUCGCAGACCUCGGGAUGGUCACUGACCGCACAGGACCCCUACAACAACGUCAUCCGCACGACCAUCGAAGCGAUGGCCGCUGUCUUUGGUGGUACGCAGUCAUUGCAUACAAACUCGUUUGACGAAGCUCUUGCUCUGCCUACAGAGUUUAGCGCUCGUAUAGCACGUAACACUCAGAUCAUUCUCCAGGAAGAAGCACAUAUUACCAAGGUUGCUGACCCAUGGGGAGGCUCUUACAUGAUGGAGUCUCUAACUGACGAGGUCUACAAAGCUGCACUGGAUGUUAUCAAAGAGGUUGAUGAGCUGGGUGGUAUGGCCAAGGCAGUGGCAUCCGGUAUGCCCAAACUGCGCAUUGAAGAAUGUGCCGCCAGUCGCCAAGCGAGGAUCGACUCCAAGGCCGAGACUAUUGUCGGUGUGAACAAAUACAAGCUGGAGAAGGAAGAUCUCAUUGAUGUGCUGGAAGUUGAUAACACGUUUGUUCGUGACCAGCAGAUUUCACGGCUGAAGAAAGUACGGCAGGAACGAGAUGAGUCCAAGGCUCAAGCUGCUCUGGAUGCGCUCACACAAGCUGCCACCGAUGAAACGAAGAACCUCCUCGCGCUGUCAAUGGAGGCUGCUCGCUGCCGGUGUUCGGUGGGUGAGAUCUCCGACAGCUUGGAGAAGGCUUACGGCCGUCAUGUGGCCACGUCACGCCUUGUUUCCGGCCCGUAUCCUCGGGAAUUUGCUGAGACCGGUGAACUACAGAAGGUUAUUGAACACAUCAAGAAAUUCAGUGAGGAGGAAGGCCGUCGACCGCGUAUCCUCGUGGCCAAGAUGGGACAGGAUGGGCACGACCGAGGUGCUAAGGUCAUCGCGUCCUCGUUCGCUGAUGUCGGUUUUGACGUGGAUGUUGGACCUCUGUUCCAGACACCGGAGGAAGCGGCCCAGCUGGCCAUCGACUCCGACGUACACGUUAUCGGUGCUAGCAGUCUGGCUGCUGGACACAAGACACUGGUACCCGGCCUGAUUGAAGAGCUCAAGAGGCUGGGAAGAAGUGACAUAUUGGUGGUAGCAGGCGGCGUGAUCCCUCCACAGGACCAUGAUUUCUUGUAUGAGGCUGGUGUGGCACUAAUCUUUGGACCAGGAACACGUAUUCCCACGGCGGCGAUUGAAAUUGUCGACAUGCUGUGGAAGAAGACACGAGCUGCCGAGCUGUAGACUUGCAGAGUAGAUGUGAAAGAUGCGACAGAUUUGUAUUAGCUCACUUGCACAAGCAGCAGGUGUUUGUUCAGCGCAGCUCUCCAAGACAGUUCUAGAAGCUGCCGUUUCAAUCAGCCCCGUUGCUACUAGUGCUAAUAUUAGUCUUAGAAUGAAAUAGCCAUAUUAUCUCUUUCAAGGUAUUUUUAACUGCUCCUCCCUGGACUGCUGGUGCUGGUGUAGGUGCUGGUGCUGGUGCUGGUGCUGGUGUAGGUGCUGGUGUAGGUGCUGGUGCUGGUGCUGGUGUAGGUGCUAUUGCUGGUGUAGGUGCAGGUGGUGCUUGUCUCACUGACACGGUCCAGCCGCUGCUCCAGUGAGCAUUCCAUGUACCGGUAUGCGUUGCUUUUAUAGGAUUAUUGUUUUUACUUUCACACACAAACACACGCAUGCACACACACAUGUACACACGCACGCACGCACGCACACACACACACACACACACACACACACACACACACACGCAGACAAAAAAGUAUUGAUUUCGUUGCUCACAUGCCCAACUUUUAAAUAUUUGUCCAGGAUGUUUAAUUCCUUCCCUUGUCUUUAAAAUUCGAGACAUCCCGGGUCCAUUUCUCAACAUGAAAAAUAGUUAAUACUUGAUCCGAAAAGAAACUAUGACUGCAUGAUUUUCA